AUUGUGAAGUGCUUCCUUCGGCCUUCAGUGAUAAGUCGUUAACUCCAGCCUUCGCACUCGGUUUCAUCCUUCUGAGGGUUGCUCCACCACAUUCCCGACGCUAACCAGUUUUCGUAUUCAGGUCGUGAUGCUAUUGGAUGUGGUAUACUUGAAGCUGGUGAGACUAUCAGAGUCCAUAAACGAGGGAGUCAAAAGCAGUAUAAAAGAACCAGUUAUUUCCAGUCAAUAUUAAGACUUGGAGCCAUCUAUUUUAUCAGCUUGUCAACAAUGGUUUCUCUCUCCCAAGUCCAACAAACCAACGCCUCAGCUGCUUCAAAGCUCCCAGCUGGCCUCGUCGCCAUCUUCGCUGGUGCGACAGCAGGUAUUGGCGAGGCAGCUCUCAAAGCAUUUGCCAAAUAUACUACAAGACCCAAGAUUUAUUACAUCGGUCGUUCUCAAGAAGCGGGUGAUGGAUUACAAAGUGAGCUGAAGGAGUUGAAUCCCGAAGGAGAAUACAUCUUCAUCAAGAAGGACAUGAGCUUGUUGAAGAAUGUAGAUGAGGUUUGUCGGGAUAUCAAAAGCAAGGAGACAGUCUUGAAUGUUUUGUUCUUAAGUCAGGGGACACUAAGAAUUGGCGUUGAUACCGAAGAAGGACUGCCUCUGGUCACCGGCCUAACUAUCUACUCUCGCAACCGUCUCGCAGUCAAUCUCCUCCCACUUCUAAAGAAGGCCCCGUCUCUUCGUCGUGUAAUAAGCGUCAUGGCUGGUACACACGAAGGUAAGCUCUUCUCCGACGAUAUAGCAGCUCGCAACAUCCCCUUCACUAGCAUUCACAACUCUCGAGGACACAUGUGCUCAGCCUUGACUCUGUCCCUGGAAGCACUGGCUCGUCAAUCACCAGAAGUUUCCUUCAUUCACAACUUCCCUGGCUCUGUUGAUACAAACCUAAUCCGCAGUGGAGACGGUUUCAUGAUGCAGGUUAUGAAGUAUUGGUUCAAGGUCAGCAUGACUGUGAGGAGACAGUGGUUACCUAAGGAGGAGUGUGGACAGAGACAUGCGUGGUUGUGUUUGACUGGGAGAUAUCCUGGUAAAGAGGGUAGCGAGAAUGGUAUCAAAGAGGAAGAAGUUGCUGUUGGUACUGAUGGGAAUAAGGGAAGUGGUGUCUAUAGCGUUGAUUGGGAUGGUGAGAGUGCUUCGGGUGAAGUUGUCAAGCUGCUUGAUGGUUUCAAGAGGGAAGGUCUUGUGGAAAAGGUCUGGAAAGAUCAGGAGAUAGAAUUUGUCAGAAUUACUGGUACAACUUCUAUCUAGGUUAUCAAAGAGUUGGUUAAUUGUUGUUAGUACCAGGAC